CAAGUUUUUUUGCCUAAAGCAGCGUAGCAGCCCCCGCAAUUGAUGCACGCAGCACCGAGCACCCGCUGCAAGGGUCAGCCCAGCCCGCUGAAAGAGCCCAAAUUGUUACAGCGCAUUGUCUGCCUGUACAGGCACUGUAGCACGCUAGCUCCAGUGCUAACUUGUGAGCGCAGAGUGCACAAGACAACGAGGCUGGGGUCGGUGGCGUUCCCCAGUAGCAGGCAGGGCUACAGUGGUAAAAGACACGCUGCGCGGGUUUAUUCGACGUGGCGUCCCCUGCAGUCUCAAGAAACCUCUAUGUCCUGCAUUUCAUUUGCUCGGUUUUCGUUUACUGCCUCUAUCCUGCUCGUUUGAUUGCAAAUACUUCUUAUGAGAAUAGUAAUUCGGGCCGGGAGGGAACUAUUGGUUCAUCUAUCUGAGGAAUACUGAGCACGUUUUAGCACACCUGUCACCCACUAAAACAGAGCCUUAGACCCGCCAUCACCACUAAAUAUACCCGCUAGCCACUUGGUGUAACAGCACCACCACCACCACCCCGCCCCAGCUGUAUUGGUAGCGCCGACCCCGAAUCACAUCAUCUGGUGGCACUCUCCUCCUCCAACGCUUUUCUCCUCUUUCCAACAUCACCGAUUCCUCAUUCUCCUCACCGCCUCUCCUUGUCAUCUUCCUCUUCUUUUGAUUCUGCUCUUCUCCCGUUGCUUCGUCUUCUCCUCCACGAACGAACGUUUGGACGCUCGCAUCUUUCGAUAUCCGGCGACGUCUACACCUCUAUCGACUGACUCUACGAACGCCGGACCGAGAACAAAUCUUCACCACCACACAACACAUCUCAUCCAUCUCUCCUUCACCAUGGAUCAUUCGUCGCACGUAUCGCACAUGGACAUGGGCCACGGAGGCAUGGAUAUGGGCGACGGCUCCUGCAAAAUCUCUAUGCUCUGGAACUGGUACACAAUCGACGCCUGCUUCCUCUCCGAGUCCUGGCACGUCCGCUCCCAGGGCGCCUUUGCAGCCUCGUGCAUCGGCGUCAUCGCUCUCGUCAUGCUUGUCGAGUUCUUCCGCCGCCUCGGCAAGGAAUACGACGCCCAUCUGCUUCGCAGCUUCCAGCGCGCCGCUGCCGUGCGCGUGGCCACCGAUACCAUGGGCUUGACCACCGAGGGCGGCCUGCCAUCCGACAGAGCCGCCUUCCCCGGCCAAAUCAUUACUCUCCGCGCUACGUUUGUCCAGCAGCUCGUCCGCGCCCUUCUCCACGCCGUCACCUUUGGCAUCGCUUACAUUGUCAUGUUGCUCGCCAUGUACUUCAACGGCUACAUCAUCAUCUGCAUCUUCAUCGGUGCCGGUCUCGGCAAGUUUGUCUGCGACUGGCUCGAGGUUAAGAUUCGCUUCGACGACAUUGCUGGUGCCAACAAGGCCGGUUCUGCGGGGGGCAUCUCUGAGCCUACAGUCUGCUGUGGCUAGAUGGCUUUUUUUGAAACAAUCCAUGGCGUUUCAUUGUUCCCUGGGAAGGAUAUUUUUCCCUUUUUAAAUUAUUCUCAUGGUAUUUUUCAUAGCGAGCAUAGACUAUAAUGAUGACGACUCUUUACAUCUU